AUGUCGUUUUUUGGAGUAGGGAAUCCUUUUGCUACGCCGGUCGGUCAGAAAAUAGAACAAGCUACAGAUGGAUCAUUACCAUCAGAAAAUUGGGGUCUUAACAUGGAAAUAUGUGAUAUUAUUAAUACUACUACUGACGGACCUAAGGAUGCCGUUAAGGCCAUAAGGAAAAGGUUGACUCAGAGUGCUGGGAAAAACUACACUGUAGUCAUGUAUACCCUAACUGUUCUUGAAACCUGUGUAAAGAAUUGUGGAAAAAGUUUCCAUAUGCUAGUAUGCAACAAAGAGUUUAUAACAGAACUGGUAAAACUUAUUGGGCCUAAAAAUGAUCCACCAACAGUGGUCCAAGAAAAGGUGCUUAGCCUGAUACAAUGCUGGGCUGAUGCAUUCCAAAAUCAACCUGAGUUACAGGGAGUUGGUCAAGUAUACAACGAAUUACGCACUAAAGGUGUUGAAUUUCCCAUGACAGAUCUGGAUGCAAUGGCGCCCAUUUUUACACCACAAAGGAGUGUACCUGACAAUGGAGAACCGAUACUUGGUUCACCACAACGCGCCGCUAUACCGCAGAAUUCUCCGAGUCGCACCACGCAGGAACAAACAACCGGCACGGUGACACUCACGGAGAGCCAGACGAGCAAGCUCCGAGCGGACUUGUCCGUGGUGGAGGGCAACAUGACGGUGAUGAACGACAUGCUCACCGAGCUCACCGCGCAGCCCUACCAGCAGCACCACGACACUGACAUAGAGCUGUUGGACGAGCUGGCGGAGACGCUGCGCGCGAUGCAGGCGCGCGUGGCGGAGCUGGUGGCGCGGCUGGCGGGCGACGCGCCGCUCACGGCCGACCUGCUGCUGGCCAACGACCGCCUACACAACCUGCUGCUGCGCCACUCGCGCUUCCUCAGCAAUAGAAUUGCCGCUACCGGCGGCGCUACGCCUUCCGCCAUAUUGGGAGCGGCUAUGGGAGUUCCUGGAACUACUUCGCCCAAGAAGAAAGAAGAUGAUGCUCUUAUUGAUCUUAGUGACGAUGUACCUGACGUAGCUAAGCUUUCCGUGAAGGAAGAUCGAGUGGACAAGUCCCCGAGCAGCUCUAAGGACGAGUUCGACAUGUUCGCCCAGUCUCGGAAUGUCACCUAUGAAACAACUAAAACUGGGGGCAGCAGCUACGCGGACAACGCAGAGGAGCAGCGCAGCGCCGGGCUGGCCGCCGUCGCGCUGCGCCCCGCGCCGCUCGCGCACGCGCCGCUCCCGACUGGAAUGGAUCAGAGAGAGUUCGAUGAAAUCUCGGCUUGGUUAGCGCAAGAAAAGGCGGCGUCAGAAGCGAACGGUACACAAGAGAGCGUGACGAGCAGUGACUUCGACAAGUUCCUGGCGGAGCGCGCGGCCGCCGCCGACAGCCUGCCCGCCGCCCCCGCCUCCGCCGCCGCGCCCGCGCCCGCGCCCCGCGCCCGGCAGAUCAAGAAGGACGAGGACACCAUGUUCGCACUA